AUGGAACCGAAGAUCCGCAUCUUCGACCUUGGCAAGAAGAGGGCGAAUGUCGACGAAUUCCCAGCAUGUGUCCACAUGAUUUCGAAUGAACGGGCGCAUCUUUCCUCAGAAGCUCUGGAGGCCGCUCGCAUUUGCGCUAACAAGUACAUGGUCAAGAACUGCGGAAAGGAUGGUUGCCAUGCCGCAAGCACCCCUUCCACGUCUUACGCAUCAACAAAAUGCUUUCGUGUGCCGGAGCUGAUAGGCUUCAAACGGGAAUGCGUGGAGCGUACGGAAAGCCGCAGGGACUGG